GCCCAUAAAAGGAACAUCGGGAAACACAAAACAGAUAUCACCGAAAGCGCACAAUAGCAGGAACGGAAAGCCCUCUUUUUUUCUUAGCGACGGUGGCCCUGAUUUAGAGGCUUCUUUUACUCUCCACCACCACCUCCACCACAAUCAACCGCUUUUUUCUUCUUCUUCUUCGCUCGUCACAAAUUCUCCCUCGCUCUUUCCAAAUCAAAACUACUGUGCAGAAACUGCUACUAUAUGCAGCAAAAAUAAAAUGCGAAGUAGUUUUGAGGGAAGACCCUUCAAAUACAAAGUUGGAUUUUGAAUUCUAGAGAGCUGAUAUAUUUUACUUAAAGCCUAUGUCCAAGGCUGAGCACAUGGGUGUUUCUCCAUCAAAAGUUUCUCAUGCUAAAAGUUAUUCAUGCCCUGCACAAACUACACUGGAAAAUACGCAUGAACCCAGUGCUGAAUACAAGUUUGGUGGAUAUCCAGAAGAGAGACAUAAGCUUGAGUGUGAAAUCAUACAAACUGAAGCUGGAGAUAGCAGUGCUGCAGUUCUCCAAUCUUGUUCUGGUGAAGUUGUGCAACCAUCUACUGACGAUUUAACAAAAAGUUUGCUUAUUGAUUUGGACCCACCUCCUGACAAUGCAAGGAGUGAUCCGUUUGAUAAUAGUCCAAGACCUAUAUCAACCGCUAUGGAUCAGAAACUCGAGCCAAGUGCUACAAGUGUGAAUACUGCUUGUGUGCGUAGUGAAUCAUCAAAAGCAAUUGAUUCUAGUAUUCUACUGGAUGAACCUAGGAAUAGCAACACAGAAUUGUCAAGCUGCAUUGCAAAUGAAACCUCACAAGCAUCACUUGAAGAUCUAGCCAAUGAUUCUCGUGCUGAAGAUGCAGGACUGUCACUUAUAGAGGCAAGCAAUAGUGACCUGAUUGAUGAAGGUUCAUACUCUCAACAAACUACAUCUGGACAGACACGUGAGUUUCCUUCUGACAGAGCUUGUUGUAAACCAUUGGAAGAAAGACAGAGGCCCGGCUCUGAACUUGCAGAAAAUGAAUCAAUGGAAAUUGGCACUGGAUUAUCCAGUGGUAGUGCUAUUGAGAAUUUGGAGCCGCUUACUGAACUUGUGACCACGAGUUGUCCUAUCAAACAUAUAGGCAUGCCUCCUGGUGAUGACAUCAGCAUUCCUGCAAAUGAACAAAUAAGACCUACUCAUGAUAAUGAGUCCAAAUACCCUGAUUGUGAACAUUUGGAAAAACUAUCUGGAAUUGUGAUUGGCAUUACUAGUCAAGGUGUACCCGGUGUUGAGAGAACUUCAAAAUUGUCAGGGAAGAAAUAUAUAAGUUCUUCGAGAAAAAGUGAUAGAGUUCUCCGGUCAAAAUCACAAGAGAAACCUAAAGCUCCCGAGUCGAGUAAUAAUUCAACUAAUGUUAAUUCCACUGGUGAGGAAAAAGGGAAAAGGAGGAAAAAGAGAAGAGGGAAAAGUAUAGUGGUUGAUGAAUAUUCCAGAAUCAGGGCACGUCUUAGGUACUUGUUGAAUCGGAUGAGCUAUGAGCAAAGCUUGAUCACUGCUUAUUCUGGGGAAGGCUGGAAAGGACUUAGGUAUGUACUAUUCACUUUUCUAUAUUCUCCUUCUCAUUCUUCAAACAGCAAGCUUUUAUCCAUGCUAGAACCAGAUUCUCACCAAGAAAAGUCUGCACCUUUUUCUGGAAAAAGAAAUAUAGAAAGAUUGGACUACAAGAAGCUCUAUGAUGAAACGUAUGGAAACAUUUCUACUUCAAGUGAUGAUGAUUACACUGAUACUGUUGCACCAAGGAAGAGGAGGAAAAACACUGGAGAUGUUGCUAUGGGGAUAGCAAAUGGAGAUGCUUCUGUUACUGAGAAUGGAAUGAAUAGCAGGAAGAUGAAUCAGGAAUUAAAGAAAAAUGAGCAUAGUUCUGGGAGAACUCGCCAAAACUCGAGCUUUCAAGAUACAAAUGUUUCCCCAGCAAAAACACAUGGAGGCAAAUCUCUCUCUGGUUCUAGCACUAAAAGAUUUAGGCCCUCUGCUUAUAAAAAACUUGGAGAAGCUGUAACUCAGAAACUGUACAGUUUCUUCAAGGAAAAUCAGUAUCCUGACCAUGCCGCAAAGGCAAGUUUGGCAGAAGAGCUAGGAAUUACUUUUGAGCAGGUUAACAAGUGGUUCAUGAAUGCUCGUUGGAGCUUCAACCAUUCAUCACCUGAAGGCACAAGUAAAUCUGAAAGUGCUUCAGGAAAGGGUAGCUGUGAGGGACAUGUGAGGCAUAGUGAAUAGAAGAGCCGAAAGAGCAAUAAACAAAAAACUAGUACCCCAAAAUCCAGGAGAUAGUGUGAGGUAGAUCUUCAAAAAUAUUUUAUUGAAUCAAGAAUGGAGGAAGCCGAGGUCUCCUUUCAAUUUGCACAAAGCUCUUGUGCAAAUUGUUGGUCGGGAAAUCCAUUUUAUUCUACGAUCCUAGUAGACGAACUGACCAUUUACCUUCUGCAAGAACAAGAUGCUAGGAGAUAAUAUACUGGUUUUAUUGCGAACGAGACUAACUCUGCCAUGAAGGUGACGCCAUGACGCUGCUGUUGUGCUGUAAUUGGUGAUUCGCUCACUGCUGUUAUCUUUUAUUAGCAAGUUGCCUUAUUUUAAUUCAACUCCAUUCACAAGGAAUUUUACAAUAAAAAAAAAAAUGUUGAGCGAGUCCAGCUCAUCAUCAAUUCCUUUAUUUUUCAUUUUUUCAAUGAGAUUAUAAUUUGUUCUCUGUGUUA